AUGCAUUGGGCAGCAGCGGUGGCGGUAUUCUUUAUCGUGGUUACGAAGUUUCUGCAAUAUACAAACAAAUACCACGAGAAAUGGAUCUCUAAAUUUGCACCAGGCAAUGAAUUAUCCAAAAAAUACCUGGCCAAGAUCAAAGAGCGUCACGAAUUAAAAGAAUUCAACAACUCUAUUUCUGCCCAGGAUAAUUAUGCCAAGUGGACCAAGAACAAUAGAAAAUUGGACUCAUUAGAUAAAGAAAUAAAUAACUUGAAGGAUGGAAUACAAUCAGAAAAUAAAGCCUUUCAAGCCCAUCUUCACAAACUCAAAUUAUUGACGUUGACGGUGCCAUUUUUCGUGUUCAAGAUCGUAUACGGCAAGACGCCCAUUUACCAGUUGAGUUCUUCGACUAGCACUUUGUUUCCUACGUUUGUUAGUGGCGUUUGGUCUCAAGGCUGGUUAUAUGUUAUAUUGCAUCCCCUAAGAACCAUUUCUCAGAAAUGGCAUAUUAUGGAGGGCAAAUUUGGUGUCUCUAAGUUUGAUGGUGUCGCUCUUCAAAGCGUCUCUUUGGGGAUCUGGGUUUGGGCAUUGAUGAACGUUUUAAAUGGAAUAGAAUUUAUCGUUAACCAAUUGUUUCUGACCCCCAACAUGGAACCACCUGCAUCUACGGAGACUCAAGAAGAGAAAAGCGUAGAUUCUGUCGACGAUACCGUUAUUCUAGAUUAG